AAGGAUGGAUAAGAGUUUUCUAUAUUUAGAAGAUAGAUAGUACUUAAUAGUAUUGUUGUAGUGUACAGAGAGGAAUCUUCCAUAAUGUAUGGUACAUCAGUCUCUUAUUAUGAGAGUCAAACAUGAUCAUAAAUAUAGGGUAUGGGACGUUUUAUAGUUCGGAGUUGGAGUCAGUCUCAUAUCGUGAGAGGCUCGGCAUGAUCUCUUCAUGUUUCUUAAGACAUGCUUCAAUUUAGGUGACUAAAUUUUAGUUCCAUAACAUAGGAUGUCUGAAUACUAGUUAGAAGUAUUAAAUAUAGUCUAUUGCACAUAUAUAUAUAGGGACUAAACGACAAGACAAACUUAUUAAUCUUAAUUUUGUCCAUGUAAUACUAUAAUAAACAUUUGCUAGUUAUGAAUCAGUUAGACUUAAUAAUUUUGUCUUGUCGUUUAAUCUUCAUAUGUGUAAUUAGUUUUGUAAUUAUAUUAUUUGAAAACUACAAAUACUUUAGCUUACAAUCUAUUCCUGCGAAAAGGACAAAAGGAAAGAAAAAAUACAUUAUAUGAGGUUCCCACAAAUAACUCGUAACAUCAUCGUCUUGAAUUGUAGAAACACAUUCCCCACAUAAGAACUUGCUUAAUUAGCUCAUAUCACAUAACUAAGCUUUAGGUGGAUUGAAGUUAAGUUGGCUAAAACCCAGUCUAAAUAUAUCGUUUGUAAACUAAAAACAGACUAGAAGCAAAAAAAAAAAAUCACGAAAACUCUGUGCGUUUUUAGUCCAUUUGAACCCAUAUUUACCAACUAUUUACUAUUAAACUAAUAAGUAGUUAGGUUAAGAACUAAAUGUUACUUUACUUGUUUAUAUGUCCAUACCAUGUCUAAAGUUUAAAUGACGAAAACAAUAUUCCAUGGCAUCCAAAGAUACCCUAAAACGGCCAGGCAUUCGUGCAGAUGGUAUGUGCUAUUUGUUAACAGAAGAAAGACGCGUGAUUAGCGUGAAUGAUGAUCAUCGAAGAGAGAGAAAGAAAACCAACAAGACAGGUCAGAGAGAGAAAUCCAGAAAAAAAAAAACAGAGACACGCAAAGGAGGGGUCCAUAAAGAAAAUCUAGGUAGAGUAACACGCAAGCCAAGACCAAGUCUUCUCCUUGUUAGCGCAAAUCAAUCAGUCACUCCACAUAAUCCUCGCGUUUCGAGAGCAGAUAAAUUUCCCGAAAACCCCAAAGAUUAAUUCAUCUUCCCUUUUCGAUUUUCUAUAUUCCUUGCGGGUUUAUUUUGGUUUAAGUCCACGAGAGAAGAGAAGGGAAGCAAAGCAACACUGAGCGGAGGCGAGCUGUGCGCCUCGCUCCCCUCCCCUGCUCUCGUCAGAUCCAAACCCCACGCGGGAACACAAACCCUAGCACCCGUUCGCGCCACCGCAGAGGCUAAGAGGCGAUGAGGGGCGUUAGGGCGGAUGGCGGCGGUGGCGCGUUCUCUUCUUCCACCGCAGAGAACUCGUGCUUCGAUGCGGCGCAGUACUCUUUCUUUGGCAAGGCGCCCAUGGAGGGGGCGGAACUCGGUGGGUUGUUGGAGGGAGGUGUCGACGGCGAUGGUGGUGGAUUCGGUGGACAUGAUGACGCUGGUUACCAGUUCUCUUCUACAGGCGAAGAGAUUGAUUGUAUGAGUAAUUUGUCGGAAAUUGAUGAUCUUGCAAGCACUUUUGCAAUGUUGAACCGAAAUAUUAGCGGAACAAGGAACCCUGGCAUUAUUGGUGAUAGACGAUCAAUUUCGAGAGAAAGUUCUUUGACUGCUGAUUGGGUUCAAGAUGCUGACUUCUCCAAUUGGGUAGAUCAGGAUAUACUAGAUGGCGAUGAAUCCCUGGACAGCAAACAAUGGUGCUCGCAGUUGCAAUCUUCGCCUCACUUUGGAGAGUCUAAACCACUGUCUCGUACAUCUUCGUACCCCAAUCAACCACUACAGCACCGCUCAAGCGAACCUAUUCUUCUACACAGAUCUACCUCGUUUACAUCCUAUCCUCCAUCAGGGGAAAGUCCUGGAUUGCCUUAUCCUGCUCAAGGUCUUACACGGCACUCAAGCAUUCCAUCACCAGGUGCUGGUCACCUCAUGGGUUCUCCAAGUUCAUCGCUUUCUGGUUCUCCAUAUCAUAUGCCUGGUCUAUCUCAUGGACUACCUUAUGGACGAAACAUGUCUUACACCACUGGAGAUCUUUCAACGAACAAUGUCCUACAAAAUGAGUGGUCAAACCAAGCUGGCCCACUUGUUUUUGAUCAUCUUAACCGACGGCCCAGUUUUUUGCAGCCACACUUAUCUCUUUCAAGUAGUUCAAUGUCUUCAUUGCUUUUUUCUCAGCAGCACCAGAGAUUAGCACCAGGCCAGCCGCCUCUUCAGAAUUACAUAAACAUGCAGCCUCACCUGUUCCAUCACCAUCAACCUCCUGAUGUUCCUUCACCAAGAGACAAACGAUCAAGGUCAGGAAGAGGAGGAAAGCACAACAUACGCUUUUCUCAACAGCCUUCUGAUGCUGGUAGCCAGCAUAGUGAGAGUUCAGGGAUAAAGUUCAGAUCCAAGUACAUGUCAUCUGAAGAGAUCGAAAGUAUCUUAAAAAUGCAGCACUCUGCAAAUCACAGCAAUGAUCCUUACUUUGAUGACUACUACCACCAAGCUUGCAAAGCCAAAAGAUCUGUAACUUUUCAGAAGUCCAAUUUCUGUCCUAUGUCAAUAAAGGACUUCCCCUCAAAAUCCAGGUCUGGUGUUGAUCAGCAUUCAUAUCUACAGGUUGACGCUAAUGGAGGAGUUUCAUUCUCUGCCAUACGUAGACCUCGUCCUCUUCUUGAAGCUGAUUUGCCUGGAUCUGGUGAUGGUUUUUAUGAUCAUAAGUCAUCCAAGAGGUCACUGGAGAAAGAACCAAUGCUUGCAGCCAGAAUAACCGUUGAAGAUUCUCUUCGUCUUCUUCUGGUUGUUGAUGAUAUUGAUCGGUUUUUACAGUCUAGCCAGCCACAGGACAGCAGUUUCCAACUGAAGCGAAGGCGAGAGGUCCUGCUUGAAGGCUUAGCUACAUCACUCCAGCUUGUUGACCCUUUUGGCCCCAACAAACAUGGCCAUUCGGGUGGGUUGGCCCCUAAGGAUGACCUAAUUUUUCUUCGUAUUAUUUCUCUGCCCAAAGGACGUAAGCUUUUGGCACGCUAUCUUCGACUUCUUUUCUCUGGAAGUGAGCUGACCCGAAUAGUCUGCAUGGCUGUUUUCCGACACCUUAGGAGCUUGUUUGGUGGCUUACCGUCAGACUAUAGUGCUGCAGAAACAACCAUCGUUCUUGCCAAGGCUGUUUCCUCUUGUGUGCGCCAUAUGGAACUCAGUGCUCUCAGUGCCUGUCUCGCAGCUGUUGUCUGUUCUUCGCAGCAGCCACCUCUCCGGCCACUCGGUAGUGCCUCUGGUGAUGGGGCCUCUCUGAUAAUUAAAUCUGUGCUGGAUAGAGCGACCGAGCUACUGGCGGAUCCCCAUUCCGCAGCCAACUACAGCAGAUCAGCACGUUCGCUUUGGCAUGCGUCAUUUGAUGCUUUCUUUGGACUGCUGACGAAGUACUGUGACAGCAAGUAUGAAAGUAUCGUGCAGAGGUUUGCCAUGCAGGGAUCCAACUCCAUGGGAGGACCUGAAACCACCAAAGCAGUCAGCAGGGAGAUGCCCGUUGAGCUGUUACGUGCGAGUCUUCCUCAUACUAAUGAGCAGCAUCGUCAGACACUGCUAGAUUUUGCUCGGAAAUCUACGCAUCUGCCUGGUUUCAGCCCUACUGCUAACCGUGGACUUGUCAAUUCUGAAUCAGUUCCAGGUUAACGCCACUGAAGAGGCCUGAUGGUCGUCUGUUUUGAUUUAUAUAUGGCACGUAAGGUGUGAGCUUGGAGAAGUUCCAUUGGCUCAGCGAAGCUGGCAUUCAGGAUAUGACUGUGUAGGAUGUUAUUUAUUUAUAUAUAGAAAACCAACUUUAUGUAUGUAUCCUGCUGUAACUGUGUAGUGCUGAACAGAACAUCUGUUGGAUUUGGAGGUAAGCUAGUUGACUUAUUUCCUCCCAAAGAGAACAAUUGUGAGUGCAUAGCAACAGCUUAAGGCUUAAGCUUGUUUGGGAACAAUGGAAUUGGAGAAGAUUGAGCGCUGGUUCGGAGGAAAUCUCAUUCUAUUCAAUUUUAAAUAACAAGAGAUUUUUUUCCUCGUGGACUCCCCUUCAAAUCCCAUGUCACCAAACCAACUCAAAUCCCAUGUCACCAAACCAACUCAUAAGGGCUAAAAUCCUCUUGAAUAUCAAGGGGAUUUUAGACAAUUCAGGAGCCGUUCGGUUGUCUAGGAACGGUGACCUGAAACCAUUCCGAGUCGGAUCACUUCUUUAAUUUAUAUAAGUUUUGAUCAACGAGAAAAAAUCUGGAGCUAUUCCCGGAGAAACGAACAUGGCCUCAAUCCUCUUCAAUCCAUUUGCUCCCAAACAAGCCAACGGGUGUUUGGUGCAGGAGCUAUGUGCUCGAACAAUUUAAUCAACAGGUUCUUCUGCUGCAGUUACGGCAUUUUCUGUGCUCAUUUAUCUAUGCUGUCUGUUCUAAAUUAUAAGACGCUUUGUUAUGUCUAUAUUUGUGGCUUGUAUUAUGUAUCAAACACAAUAUAUAUAUACCGGUGUUAUAAAAGAUACAGAUGUAGAAAAGCUAAACUAUACGGAUGAAGGUAUAGGUUGCAAAGGAUGAUGCUUAGCAGAUACAGUUUAGUCUGUGUGCAUCAAAGAGAGUUGUGUGGAAACGAUUGUUCUGCAGGCCUGUGAUAGACAUCAAGAAUUUGGCUCCGGUCGCUUCUGCUUCAGCUUUGACUGCACACAGCUUCACCUGCCGCAUGCUGGAAUCUGGAUAGUAGCUUGCCCUAAUAUAAAUCAUAAUCACCUUAUCAAGAAGAAGAUCACUCCUGUGCAGCUAAGCUUCUUGUCGAAGCUGUUCCGUUCACCAUUGUGCCAACGUUGGUUGUUGUAUACUUUCAUCUGGAUAGCAGUCACAACGGGGUGGUGGCGCAGUUGGCUAGCGCGUAGGUCUCAUAGCUGUUGAGUGAUCCUGAGGUCGAGAGUUCGAGCCUCUCUCACCCCAAAAUCAGCCGAAACGAUGAUGAAAUUGCUCCGUGACAACAUGGGUAGUCACAACAUGUCCACCUUCUCAGGUGAUAGAAGAGCACCUCUGAGCUUCGUUUUUUUUUGUUUUUUUGUUUGCAAUCUUAUUCGUUGUCGUUCACAUAUGCAAAACCUGGAGCCAGCUACUGCUAAACUCCACCAAGGAAGUGGGAACAUACAGAUAGCUUGAAGCUCCUCCGGCAAGAAGUCCACCAACCAUCACACACAGAUAAGGAUCUACUGAAAUCUAAGACCCAUUGCCCCCCCCCCCCCCCCCUCUUUCAGGCAACUAGCUACUGAACACGGUUGUGGUCUCUCACCACUUUAAACUGAGAGCUCCCUGUAAUGCUGGAACCAAAUAAACUCGCUCAGAUAUAUACGUUUAGCCUUCACAAUCUUGAACCACAACGCUUCUGGUUCAUCUAAGGCCCCUUUUAACGUGAUUCUUGUGGACAGCACUGUCCAUCGUCACCCCUAAAGCAUCAGUUAGUUCUCCUAAAGGUUCUGAAAUAAAAGACUUCCUUCUCCAUUUACGUCGUGGUCAUUUCUCUCUUGCGGCGUCCCCGGCGUACAAGGGCACUGCACUUUUCUUGUUAGAUUCUUUAUAUACUCAUGCAAAUGAUCACCUUUGAUUUCACUCUGCUCACUCCUGUGCUUCCUGUACAUAGUGUAGCAGGACUAUAUCCCCUUCCAGUGCUUUUUUAUUCCGUUGAUCCGUUCACCAUUGUGCCAACAUUGUUUUUUAUGUUCAUCUUCUGCGAAACUAUCACAACGGGGUGGUGGCGCAGUUGGCUGGCGCGUAGGUCUCAUAGCUUUUUUGAGUAAAGUAAUCCUGAUGAAACGCUCUGUGACAACAUUGGGUCGUCACAGCCUGUCAUCUGCCCAGAUGAUACGAGCACCUCUGAGCUUCGGGAUAUUUUUUUUUCUCAGCGGCCGCAUGGCUGCGCCUUCACCUCCUCCGCUCUCAAUCCAUAAUCCCUCUCCUCUGGAGAGAACGCAGCUGCAGCACCCCCCGCUACAUAGCUCGCCGCCGUGGGCGCCGCCACGGCACAACGGCCUGCUGAAGUUGUGGACGUCUCGGACGAACAGGCAAGCAAUGAUGGGCUACUGAAGAAGCUGAAGGUGGGAGCGAUGAUGAGCAGGUAUGCGGCAACAGCAAGUCAGCAAGCAAGCGCACGAUGGGAGCGUUGGGGCAAGCAAAACGUGAAAGAAGCGCAACGAGAAAUAUCAUGGGCCGACUUGGGCCUUUUACACGGAGCCCUAGCAAUAAUGCAGGUACAUAAAAGGGACUUCUGAAAUCUGAUGGAGAUAUGGAAAAACAGAAAGCUGAUUCCUUCGAACAACUCUGCUCUCUUCUGCUCCGCGUCUAGUUUUUCUUUCUUCCCCAAUCCACAUUCUCUCUAUAUGGAGAUAUGGAAAAACCGAAGGUUCAGUAACUCAUACGUCAUGUGCUUCUUUUCUCAUACCUUUUAGGCUAGCUCUAGCAAGUGCCUCUAAAGAGUCCUCUACCCUAAAUAUAGAGGAUUAAAUAGUCAUCUUCGCUCUGCAUCAAUGUCCUCUAAAUGGUCUUCUAAAUUUAGAUGACGCUGCUGGAUUCUCUAUAUAUAGAGUUUCUCUAAACGGUUCUCUAGCAAAGGUAGGUGCCUUAGGCAGUUUUUUUGCAACCUCAAAUCUUCGAAUCCACCGCCUUGGAAAUCUUUCUUUGAAAUGAAUGACCCUAGUUAUUUGUACUUUGUUUUAAUCAUCUUAAUAUAAUUCAGUCCUUAUCAAAAAGAAAAGUGCUCACACUUGUAAUCCAUGUGCCACAACAAAAAGUGUUAGAGUAUGAACAACCUUAAUAUGUAGUUGUCGUAGUUCUAAGUCCACCAUGAAGUCGUAUGUGUAGCAGGAGUGCAGGACUAUAUCUCCUUCCAAUGUUUCUUCAUUAUUCCGUUCACCAUUGUGCCAACAUAGUUUUUUAUGUACAUCUUCUGCGCAACAAUCACAACGGGGUGGUGGCGCAGUUGGCUAGCGCGUAGGUCUCAUAGCUUUGAGUGAUCCUGAGGUCGAGAGUUCGAGCCUCUCUCACCCCAAACUUGGUCGAAACGAUGAUGAAAAGCUCCGUGACGCAUGGGUCGUCGCAACCUGUCAUCUUCCCAGAUGAUACGAGCACCUCUGAGCUUCGAUCUUUUUUUUUUUUGCUUUCUUUUUUUCUCCGGCCUUGCAGACAAUUUUGGUCCGUUGAUUUAUUUUAAGUAGUCCAAAAUGCCAAUCCACCGCAGUCGCAGGCUCGCAGCUGCCCUUGCCCGCCAUGAUGCCUCCACCGCCGCUGCGCCUUCACCUCCUCUUCCGCUCCGAAACCCUAAUCCCUCUACUCCGGCAACGACCCAGCUGCGACGCGCCCCAUUGCCGGACCAGGAGGUACAUCUCCGUUCGCGCCUCCGCUGCACAGCUCGCCGCCGCGGACGUCUCGACGGCGCAGCAGCCUGCACUUGAACUUGGGUUGGAGGCAGCGGCGGCGGGCUUCGUCACCGGUAAGAGGAAGGCCACCGAGGUAGCCCACGCGUAGGUUCUGGAGAAAUAUUGUUCAGAAAGGGGAUACGGUGGUGGAUGCCACAUGCGGGAAUGGCAAUGACACGCUCGCUCUGCUGAAGAUGGUGGCUGAUGAAACAGGCCGUGGACGUGUUUAUGGGAUGGACAUUCAAGAUUCUGCGAUAGAGAAUACUUCCUCUUUUCUGAAAAUGGCCGUGGAUGAUGAACAUCAGCGGGGACUGGUAAAACUGUUUCCUAUAUGUCAUAGUAGAAUGGAAGAGAUUGUUCCCAAAGAUGCUCCUGUCAGGCUUGUUGCUUUCAACUUGGGCUACCUUCCAGGAGGAGAUAAAACUGUAAUCACAGUGCCUAGGACAACUGAGUUAGCAUUGCGAGCUGCCAGCAGAAUUCUCAGUUCUGGGGGACUCAUAAGUGUUCUUGUAUACAUUGGACAUCCAGGUGGAAGGGAUGAACUCGAUGUUGUUGAAUCAUUUUCAUCAAGCCUUCCUGUGGAUACCUGGGUGACCUGCAAACUUCAAAUGCUCAAUAGGCCAGUUUCUCCAGUACUCGUUCUUCUGAACAAGAAAUGAUGACAGUUCCGAUACACAAAAAGAUGGGGCUUUUGGGGGUUGACUUAUGAGUAAUGACGCUUGCUGAUGGAGCUCAAUACAGCCAACUAGCUUCAUGCCAUCCGUGCAGACUUUUGAUUGGCAGCUGCAGUGUAACUUGUCAUAAUUUUGAUACCA